CGGCGAACUUCGAACGUUACCAACAUGGCUGCGUCCUUGAUAAAGAAUGUUAUCAAAAUAGGCGUAGCUGGGGGUGCCCUCUACGUUACGAUUGACCAGGGUGUGUGGAGUUUGGAUGGCAAACAAGGAGCAAGGACAUUACAGAGCGUUGCAAGCAAAGUUGCACCUGAUUCUCAUGUUUACACAAAAGAGAUCCCUGAAGUAAAGAAUGUAACAAGACUAAUGGAAGAAAAGUGGAACCGUGGUGUUCAGGAUACUUUCUUGUGGAUGGAUGAUGCCCCCUCGAACCUAAAGCGAUGCGGAGAACGAGUAAAGAAGUACUUUAGCUAAUGGCGUCCCCUUGUAGCAGGUGCCACCACUCCUGUCAUGUGCGCAACUGUCUCAGUUGUUAUUGUAAUAAUGUGUAUGUUUAGAGAAACCGUUUGUGACGCUUAGACGCACGUAUGAAACACGUGCAGUGUGCAAUUCAUUUGCCUGUAAAUACUUGCGAGUCGGAGUGAUCUCUGGAGUGGACCCCUGUUAGACAAAUGUUAUAGCAUCAUGCAGUGCGUGUGUUCGCUUGGUCAACCUAGGCUAUAGCGGUGAUGCAGUUAUAAAUGGCAUGCAAGUAGCUACGCACGUAGUGGAAGAGUUUAAUCAUGCACACUUGCCACAUACUUAACAGUUUGCUCUCUGUAAUCAGCGCCGUAAAUAGAGAUUUUAUAUAUUAUAUGCUUGCGCAACUAAAAAAAUAAGUAUAACAAUAAGUUUGCACCAUAACUGAGUAAUUACUCUGCAAGAAUUCGUAGGUAGAUAAUCUGUUGCUUUCAAAAAUAUAAACGCACUCAACAAGAUGUGAGGUUAGAGGUAAUAAAAAGGUAUAUUUAUUGACAA